UGCCAUUAAUUUUAUAGGUGCAGGAAAUUACUUUCGUGCCAUAAGGGUACCGCUGGGGACUGUGUUUGCCUGCUGUGUGGGCAAUGAACCUUCUCUGGAGAAUGUGAUGGCUUCAGGCGACAUAGCGAAAGGGCUGAUUGCAAGCCUGAAAUUGACACGGGACACUUGAAGGAUAACUGUCAAAGAGAAAAUGGAGGUUUCAGUAUUGGAAACGGCACUUGGUAGUGACAUUUUGUGGAUAACCACAAGGAUCUCUGAACACUGGGAUACAGCAAACUUAGUUUUAUUUGAAGAUAACUAGAGGAAAAUUAGCAGAGAUCUAUUUGAUGAAAUGCUGCUUCACCAGACAGGAUGCAAUACAAGAAGGAUUAAUCCUUUGGAUACCAAAAAUGAUAGCGGUACCAUGGAUGAGCAGGUUGCUGCUCAUCAGCUCAGUGCUGUUGAAUGACAGCUUAUGCUUUGCUCGCUGUCCGGUUGUGAAAUAGACAUGCUAACAAAGAGGAUUGCUGGAAACAGGAUUUUGGUAAUUGCAGCAAUCAGGGAGACUGCAACAGGAGUUACUAGGUGAAUAGAAACUUGACUGAUAAUGAUUAUUUGUCUCUUAGUUUUCUGUCUGUGGGGCUUCUCACUUGCAAUGUAAGCCUCUGCAGAUCUCCCCAGCUGCCUGGAGGAGAGGAGGAGGUGGCUGCUCAUCUCAGCUACUGAGAAAGUCGUCAGAAGGUUUGAUGGGCAAGGGUAAGGGAAGGGCUGUUUCCAGAGCCAGGCUGGAAAAGUUAUCUUCCCGUCAGAGCUGUGCUUGGUCACCCAGCCUUACCGUGUCCUCGUGUGCGUCAGUAUGAGGUCAUGCACGUGGAGGUAUUCUUGAGAGAUUUUCCUGGUUAUUGUUAAAUGGCAGUAUCAAACGCCGUUUUCAGCCAUUCGUUAAUUGCGGUAACAGUCAUCCGAUCUGUACCGAGUUGGGUUAGCACCGGCUCUGAAGGGAAUGUUACCUUCAGCUGGAGCAGGAGGCGGCGUUGUUGCUCUGGUUGUUUCGGAAGGAGGAACCUUUCCCUGGGGCCACACUGCUCUCCCUCUGCAUUUCUGGGCAGGCGUAAGGCCAUGGGCACCUGGGGGAUGGCAGCGCCGUCCCUGCAGAGCUACUGGGUGCCCUUGGAAGUUUUCCAUAAAGCCUGACUAGUUUAUGUGCCUUCUGUACCUCAUAACCUUGGAUUUAUGUAUAUAAAGGGGUAUGUGUGUGUGUAUGUCCAUUGCGUGUUUAUAUGACAUACGCAUAUGUACAUACACAUGCACACUACUUCUAUGCAUGCAAACAGAAAGAUUUUAAUUUCCCGUGUUACCUGUGUAGCAAAUGUAUAUAAGGAAUGAAUUUAAAUAAUUAAUCAAGGCUAGAAACAGCGUUUUUGGUGCUCACGGUAGAUGUCAACUUAAAUCCAGCACUGCUUGUCACCACUGUGCAUUUAGAUGCAUCUGAAAUAAUAUUCUAAUGCAGCAAGAAAUGGAAGUACUGUGUGCAUUUGCUAAAAAUGUGGCAGCUAAUGAAUGCUUCAAGCUAGCUAUUGGGUAAAUCCAAAGUUCACUUAACAGAAAGAUCAUUGUGUGAUCCCUGUUGCUGGUUUUUGUUUUAUUUUGUUUUGUUUUUUUCAUAUGAAACUUCCUGUUCUUUGCUGACUUGUAACGGUUUUCUAAAAGGACAGAAAUGAAGCUUGCAGGCUUUCUCCACAUUUCUUGCUGGUCUGUGGGGCACAAGACUCAUGGAAGAAAGCAACACCAGCAGAGAGCGAUACCUGAAAAGUGUUUUACGGGAGUUGGUUACAUACAUGAUUUUCCUCGUGGUCUUGUGUGUCCUGACUUACGGGACAGUGAGUUCCAGUAUGUAUUACUACACCAGGGUUAUGUCACAGCUCUUCCUGGAAACACCUGUCUCGAAAAUGGAGAAAACUGACUUCAAAACGUUGUCCACAAUGGACGACUUCUGGAAGUUCACAGAAGGCCCUCUGCUGGAUGGUCUUUACUGGGAUAUGUGGUACAACAACAAAACCAUGGCAGAAAACAAAAGCUUCAUCUAUUACGAGAACCUGCUUCUAGGGGUGCCUCGCAUUCGGCAGCUGAAAGUGAGAAAUGGUUCGUGCUCAAUACCCGAGGAUCUAAAGGAUGAAAUCAAAGACUGCUACGAUGUCUAUUCUGUAGCUAAUGAAGAUACUGCACCUUUUGGGCUUCGAAAUGGGACAGCUUGGACAUACACCAACGAGAAGGAUUUGAAUGGGAGCAGCCACUGGGGCUUGCUCGCCAUGUACAGUGGGGCUGGUUAUUACCAAGACCUCUCGAGGAGCAGGGAAGUGACAGCUGUGCAGAUUGCCAGCCUUAAGAAGAACCUGUGGCUGGACAGAGGGACGAGAGCAGCUUUCAUUGAUUUCUCUGUAUACAAUGCGAACAUCAACCUGUUCUGCGUUGUAAGGCUGUUAGUGGAGUUUCCGGCAACUGGAGGCCUUCUUACGUCUUGGCAGUUUCAGCCAGUGAAGCUGAUUCACUACAUCUCCACUUUUGAUUUUUUCCUGGCAGCCUGUGAAAUGGCGUUUUGUCUCUUUGUUCUCUACUAUAUGGUGGAAGAGAUAUUAGAAAUUCACAUUCAUAGAUUGCACUACUUCAGAAGUCUUUGGAAUUGCCUUGAUAUUCUUAUCAUCGUGCUCUCUGUGGCAGCUAUAGGAAUUAGCAUCUACAGGACUUCAACUGUUGAUAUGCUCCUGAAGAAGCUGCUGGAAGAUCAGAACUCAUUCCCCAACUUUGAACCCUUGGCCUAUUGGCAAAUGCAAUUCAACAACAUUGCCGCAGUCACUGUGUUUUUUGUCUGGAUUAAGCUUUUCAAAUUUGUGAACUUCAACAGAACGAUGAGUCAGCUAUCCACUACCAUGUCUCGCUGUGUCAAAGAUGUCGUUGGCUUCGCUAUUAUGUUUUUUAUUAUUUUCUUAGCAUAUGCUCAGUUGGCCUAUCUUGUCUUUGGUACUCAGAUCGAUGAUUUCAGCACUUUCCAGGACUGUAUAUUUACUCAGUUCCGCAUCAUUUUGGGAGACUUCAACUUCACAGAGGUUGAAGAAGCUAAUCGAAUUUUGGGACCAAUUUAUUUCACUACAUUUGUGUUCUUUAUGUUCUUCAUUCUUUUGAACAUGUUUUUGGCCAUUAUCAAUGAUACGUAUUCUGAAGUCAAAUCGGAUAUGGCACAACAGAAGGCAGAAAUGGAACUGUCUGACCUUAUCAGAAAGGGCUACAACAAAGCCAUGGUCAAACUUAAACUGAAGAAAACUACUGUUGAUGACAUUUCAGAAAGCCUAAGACAAGGCGGGGGGAAACUAAAUUUUGAUGAACUCCGGCAAGAUCUAAAAGGGAAGGGCCACACUGAUGCAGAGAUUGAAGCAAUAUUUACCAAAUAUGAUCAGGAUGGGGACCAGGAGUUGACAGAGCAUGAACACCAGCAGAUGAGAGAUGACCUGGAGAAAGAGAGGGAGGAUCUGGACCUGGACAGGAGCUCUCUGCCACGUCCUCUAAGCAGCCGCAGCUUCCCCCGGAGCUUGGAUGACUCUGAGGAGGACGAGGAUGAAGACAGUGGGCACAGCUCCAGGAGGAGGGGCAGCAGCUCUAGUGGGGUUUCCUACGAAGAGUUCCAAGUACUCAUGAGGCGGGUUGAUCGCAUGGAGCAUUCAAUCGGCAGUAUCGUCUCCAAGAUCGAUGCGGUUAUAGUGAAGCUUGAAGCGAUGGAGAGAGCCAAACUGAAAAGAAGAGAUGUGCUGGGAAGACUGUUGGACGGAGUGACAGAGGAUGAAAGACUGGGUCGUGACAAUGAAAUCCACAGGGAGCAAAUGGAGCGGCUUGUGCGAGAGGAGUUGGAGCGGUGGGAAUCAGAUGAUACGGCAUCCCAAAUGAGCCAUCGUUUGGGAACACCGCUUGGACUGAACGGCCAGCCUCGUUCGAGGAACUCGCGGCCAUCUUCCUCGCAGUCGGAUGACCACUGAAGGAAAGCUCCAGUGGUGUGUAAGAAGAAACGCUCUCUUCAUAAGGCACUUUCACACCUACAUAAGCCACACGUCAGGCUAAAGUCACCAACAGCCAGCCUGCUAGCCUUGGAAACGAAAAUGCAAGAGGAAAUCUACCUGAACAGAAUUCUGAUACAUGUAUUAUGGAGAACAGCUUCACGAGGACAGCAAGCUUUAGACAAAAUGUGCUCUAGCUAAACCAUUCAAAUGAAGAGCUGUGGGUUUUCUGCUUUCUAUUGGAAAAACAGAUUUUUUUUAAGUUUUUCAAAACAUUUUAUAAAGAAAACUGCACUAAUUUAUUGUCUCAUUCAUUUUAACUAACACUUUUCAAAGAGACAAAUCAACAUCUUUUUAUUUUAACUCUGAGUUUUUGUUUAUUUUUCCGGAGUUGUUCUUGGUGUACUAACGUUUUACUUUAAAAUGGCCAUUUUUUCCUAUUAUUGAGAGAUACUACAUGUCUUUAAACAGAAGAAAGUGCACUGAGUUUGUACACCUGUUAAUCAGAUCAUCUGUAAUAGAAACCAUAUAUGUUAUGCCUCCUUCCAUUUCAUUAGCAUUUUAAAAGUAAUGUUUGAGAAUUGCCUUCUUACACCCAGUUAAUGUAAUCGUCUUCAGCUCUGUUGUACAGUGCCCAUUUUUAGUGCCAUGUUUUGAGGAUCUACGUGUUCUUGGGAACACUUCUUGUUUACCUCACUUCUUUAGGUAAACACAAUAACUUGGCAGAAAACAUAUUAUUUAAAGUCACACACGAUUGAAAAAUGCUAACUCUUCCUUGAAUGGGAAGGGAGCCCAGUGGUAGGGGAAACCCAAUCAUGUGCUCUGCAAAGUUCUGUGAAGCACAUCUCACCUAUUUAGCCUGUAUUUACGUUUAACAGAUCUGCUUGUAAAAUUAUUAGAUACGCUUUUACGUACUCUCUUCUCCAGGGAUUCAACGUGAUUCCUUUGGAAAGGUGUUUUUAGUGUAGCCACUGAUUUUUAGUAUUUAAUUUUCUGUGCUUUCCAUGUCACAGACACUUUAUUUUUGAAAGGAGGUACGCCACAAAUUAUGUUGUUUUCCUCUAGAAGGCACUGAAGCACAGUGUGCGUGGUUUUGCCUAGCAGCCUGUUUCAGUCUAUGGCUUGUUGCUGUAGGAGAGAGGCUGUCAGUUGUGUUUUUAUCCUGCAGAUGGCAGUUGUCUUGUAUUUAAACUCAUACAGUUGGCUUAAAGGAAAACAGAAAGCUAGAUAAUCAAACAUAUCUUACCUAUUUGUAGGAGAUAUAGAGGAAAAAUGCCUAUUUAACGAGGUAAAAAUAGCAUAUUUAUGUUAUAUUGGUGUAUUUUUGUUUCAAACUGAAGUUGUUGCCAGAGGCUAGUACUACUUCUUGCAGUGGUGCUAUGUGGGCAAAGCUACCUUUUGCAUAUGCUCUUAUCACGGCGUUGCCUGGCCAUACCCAGAAUGUACUCCCUCUAAUCAGAGAACAUGCAAAAACUAAAUAAGACUUUAUGCCUUUUCCUGUUUUUAAGUUUACGAGAAACCCUAUGCACAGAAACUUACUUAAUAAAAGGUGGAGCAGGAGGAAGCUCAGUGCAGAGACUGGAAUUUCUUGGUAGCUGUGUCUCAAGAAUGGAACAAAGUGGGAAAACAGAUUGUGAGUCUUGUGAAGGGCUUUUUGUUUCUUUCGGUUUUUUUUGUCCUGCACUAGGAAAAAAUUGGUGCUCUCUCACAAGAGAGACCUGGCAAUAUGGUUUGAAAUAGCUGGCCCGUAAAAAAUGUGUAUUUGAAAAUGUACAUUCAAUCAUGCAGCUCCUUUUUAUUUGUAGCAUAUGUUUAUUAUGAAAAUGAAAAUAUGUGCAUUCAUAGGUGUAUUUGUUGAGGUAUAUUUCUGUAACGUGUCGUUACUUAAUAACAAACUUCAUCUUGAAGUGCAUUAAGUUUUCAUGGGGUACCCGUGUGUGUUGACAAUAGGCCUUGCAGUAAGUGCAUGGGCACUUGACAAAUGUUUUGAACAUUUUUAUUAUUUCAUUUUUAGAUUCUAAUAUCAUUUGUCAGUUAGUAAUAAGGUAAGGUUUGCAUAGGACAUAAAUGUACAGUGUUUGGUCUUAUGAGGAAACUAUUAAUUAUGCAAGCCUUCUACAAUGAUCAAGAAUGUAUUGAUCUGUAAAACUGAGCACUUUACUUCCUAAUAAACUUCUUAUAUAAUCUGUAAAGCCAA